CCAACCACAUAGGAGGACAAAUUUGUCGUCCUCUGGGACUUCACCAUAGUUGAAAUAAAAUCUCAUCGGCCUGACCUGCCAAUAAGAAUGCCUCUCAUCAACGCACCACUAGUGGAGGCCAUCGAAGACUGUGACGGCACGGUGCUUGGAGCCCUAGGUGAAAUAGCACUUGAAAAGAGUCAUGCUAUUGAACUGCACCCGGAAGUGAAUCUCACGCCCCUGAUUCUCCGCCAGCGUCCACGGCCUCAGACUGUCGCUAUUGGAAACACAUAUCACGACCAGUGGUUGCGGAGGCUGGACUGGGUUAUGGGUAGGGAUGGUAUUAUUAAUGUGUACUACCUUCUUCUCGCAACAGAGAGGAAAGACAUGACCCGACGGCCUUGCCUCAUAGAAGAAGAAGAGGAGGAGGAGGAGGAGGAAGAUUAGGGAAAGGCCAAAGAGUGGGGAGCCAUAUAGUCUGCGGAAUUGGUUGUCUUCUGGGAAUUCACCGCAGCAAAUGUAAAACCCGUCGGUGUUGACCUUCCAGUUGGAGUGCACCUCGUUGACGCAAUAAUCAUACUGUCCGUCGAAAACUCGAAAGGCCAAUAUCUUUGAGCCCCAGGAGAAAUCACACCACAACACAGUAGUUGCAAGCAAGUUCACCCGGAA